UAGGUGGUUGUACACUGCCAGUUAUAAAACAGCCAACAGUGUUUGAGUUUCAGUUUGUAUCUGGUUUCAUGAGGCAGCUCACGUCUGAUGCUUUUGGAAGUUCUGUCAAUAUGAGAUAUCAAACCAUAUUUGUGUUUGUGCUACAGCUCCUCUUUGAGCGUUGUUGGUCAUUAAAGUUCCAUGCUGCAGCUGGUUCCACACUGGUACUGCCCUGUUUUCCAAGUGAAAGAGGCAUCGACCAGUUGCCCAUUUUGUGGAAACACAAUGGAAAAGGCAUUGUUCCUUCUCCAAACUUCAAGUUCGAGCAGAACAGCAUGUUCCUCUCCGUAUCUAAAAUCACUCCCGCCAGUGAGGGAGUCUAUGAGUGUUUUGCCCGGGAGGAAAACAUAGUGUGGAUGAACACACAUACCAUUACAGUAGAGAAACUGACAGCCUACACCCUGAAGAUAAACGAAGGCUGGGACAUCAACCUGAUGUGCAUGAGACCAGCCCACCUUCAGUCAGACACCUACGCUCAGUGGUACAAGGUCAGCCCCGAUGGCAACACAAGUCUGCUCAGGCCCAGUGACGGCAUGGAGGAAGACGGCGCCAACAGAGUGGAGUGGGUGUUCGGCAGUCCGGGCAACAAUGACCAGAGUAUCACCAUCAAAGACCCCGUUGUGGGGGACAGCGGAUUGUACCGCUGUGAAUCCGUCAACGGGAGCAUAUUCAGCGCCAUCCAGCUCAUCGUGGAAGUUGCCCCUACGGCGGCUCCCCACUCGUGCGCGGGCUUCCUCUCAGCCGGGGAGCCCUGCCUGGACACGGACAACCGCUCCGGGAGGGCCAUCCUGAAGGAGUCUCUCGCCGAGUUCUCCACGAGCCUCUACCACCAUCUACAGCAGCUCAGCCCCUCUGGGAAUCUGCUCUACUCUCCCAUUAGCAUCGGCAGCCUGUUGACGCACCUGUUGCUCGGGGCGCGUGGCGCCACCCGCGGCAAGCUGGAGAACGCGCUGCGCCUGCCGCGAGAAUUCCACUGCGUUCACCUGCAGAUGGCCAGAAUGAGGAACGAUCUCCACGGAUCCCUGAACAUGGCCUCGCAGAUCUUCCACAACCCAAACCUGACCCUCACUAAGUCCUUCCUCAAUCAGACUCUGAAGUUCUACUCCAGCCAGCCGGCCCCCCUGCUGGCCGACGGCCUGGCUAACGCCCGGAUGAUCAACAGCUGGGUCUCUCAGCACACCCAGAACACCAUCACCCACCUGCUGGACACCCUGGACCCUGACACACAGCUGCUCCUGCUCAACGCCGUCGCCUUCAGGGGCCGGUGGAAGACCAAGUUCGAGAGUGGGAACCAGACGGCAGUGUUCACCAAGCUGAACGGAGACACGGAGACGGUUCCUGUCCUCUACAGCUCCCAGCACAGCGCCUCCAACAAGUACAUCCCUGAGCUCAAGGCCCAGGUGAUGCUGUUCCCUCUCACAGGGCAGACCAGCCUGUACAUCCUGCUGCCCAGGACCCACAGCCUCUCUGACCUCCAGCAGCUGGAGGAGGGGCUUAGCGACCGCUCACUGGCCCUCAUGAUGGAGGCUCUGCGGAGCUCCCCCCCGGAGAUCAUCGAGGUCACCCUCCCCAAGAUCCGGCUGGACCUGCAGACGGACAUGAGCACACUGCUCAGGAAGCUAGACCUGUCGGAGCUCUUUGAGGGCCCCAACCUGUGUGGGCUCCAUGCGGAGGGCCCUGUGCGUCUGGACGGGGCCCGUCACCAGGCCUUCCUGGCCCUGACGGAGGAGGGGGUGGAGGCCGGAGCCGCCACAGCCACCAUCUUCUCCCGCAGCUUCCCCGCUUUCUCCGCCACACGGCCCUUCGUCCUGCUGCUGUGGAGUGACAAGGCCAACAUGCCGCUGUUCAUGGGGAGGGUGACCCAGCCCUGAGGGGGGAGGGGAGGGAGAGAGAAUGGGGAGAGAGAGGGAGCGGGGGAGACAGAGAGGGAGACAUGGGGCUGCCCUUCGACCUGGUGAUAUGGAGUGACCCUACCUCUCUGGGGUAGAGAGUGGAGGGGAGAGAGAGGAGGAGGACAGAAGAGGGGAAAACGGGUGGAGGGAGGAGAGAGAGAGAGAGAGAGAGAGAGAGAGAGAGAGAGAGAGAGAGAGAGAGAGAGAGAGAGA